CUCACGGGGAAAGCAUUUGAACACGCACUACUCUCAUUGCUGCGUUCCGCUUUCCUCCAUACACGGUUGUGAAGAUGAAAACAUCCAGAAGUGACAUUUAGCAGCUGGUAAUACCGAGGAAACAUUCCAGUGCUGAACGGUGCCUCCAUUCCUCCUGCGUCUCCUUCAGACUGUGUGUUUCACUCCUGCGCUCUCUCCCUCCAGCUGGACAAGGAGUUGGAGGAGGUGACCAUGCAGCUGCAGGACACACCGGAGAAGACCCCCUACACCAAGCAGAACCACUACCCCGACGCCAACAACAUCCUCAGCAUACGCAACUUCACCGACGGCAAAGACGGGGAGAAGUCAAUCCUGAAGAACCACCUGGAGCAGAAGCCCCAGGCGCAGUGGGGGUCCGUAGAUCCUUCAAGAAUAAACAGGGGGCCCCUGGAGGAUAUCAACUCCCCCGAACACAUACAGCGCCGGCUGUCCUUGCAGCUGCCCAUCCUCCACCACGCAUACCUCCCGUCCAUAGGCGGGGUGGACGCCAGCUGCACCAGCCCCAACGACAGCCCCGGGUCCAGCCCGCGACACAGACACAUGCCCCCGUCCUACCGGGUGAUGGUCUCUGGUCUGUGAGCGACUCCGACGGCCCCCCUUGGCGCCCCUGCGUCUGCGGAGGACACUCCCGGUCCGCGGCUCCUAUUUUCUACAAUAGACUGACGUCAUCGGCACAAAGAGUGCAUUGGUUGUCCUGAAGAAGAAGCUGAGUGCAUAAAAUACAAGGAUGGAAGGAAGAGGGAGGGGGGGAGGUGAGCUACAUUCUCCAUACCUCUCCCUCCCUCCCUCCCUUACUCCCUCCCUCCCUCUCGUUUCCGAACAUAAACCCUGUGAGUAGAGAGAGAGAGAGAGAGAGAGAGGGAGAGAGAGGACAAUCAAAAACAACAAGGACCCCUGCCCCCCUCCAAACGUCCACACACACACACACACACACACACACACACACACACACACACACACAUGCACACACACACACACACACACACACACACACACACACACACACACACACACACACACACACACACACACACA